UCAGAAAGUGGAAUCUGCACAAGAAACCUAAAGGGGGAGGAGAAGAAAAACCCUUGAAUCGUUAUAACUAAACCCCAGAUGCAACGCAAGCAACGACUUCGUCACACUAAAAUAGAUUUUGUGAGGGCCCAAAUUAUAAACUACGAAGCAGAAAUGAAUAUCAAACAACAUCCAGCGGUUUGCACCUAGAGAAAGACAAGAACCUACUGCAAACAAACAAGCCCAGUCCAAACAACGCCUCCAGUAGGAACAGAGGAAUACCGCUACAGCAGGACCCCCGAGAAGAGAUCAGACCAACACGCUGAGAGUGGGGAGUCAGCAAACCUCCAAAUCUCCGAGUGUGCCACGGACUGAGUUGCACUUUACUGCUCUCUGGACAUUAAUUAUAUCCUUCACCUUCCAUUUGUGGGAGGGUGAGGAGAGAGGCAGUCACCUACGCAAGUCCUACCAGCGUGGGAGAGAAGUUGAGAAUGAAACACUGAAUGUUUCGCUUUUAUUUUAAAUUUUACUUUGGCACUUAAAAGAUCUCAUUUCCAGAUUUCUGGGCAAUCUCGGCUGCAAACAUCUAAGCCUAAACUCUUGGUUAGGCUUUUCCCACACUUUUCCCCCUCCCUUCAACUCUCCACGCUCGUCUUUAUUUUACAUAUCAAGAGAAAGCAAAAAGUCCCAGCAGGUACUUUUCUUUUUCAAAGAUCACUUUUUUCCUUAUUUUCUGGAGAAGAAAGGAGGUUUCAGAAAGAAGGGAAAGAAAGAUUCCGCUGGCUGUGGCCUCAGCGGGUCAGCCCAGGUGGAAAACAAGAGUGAAAGUGGGGCUGAGGGGAGCGCACCGCCUCUUUCGCAAGCCGCAGGGCCACCACCAGUGCGUGAGCCUUGGAUCCCUCAACGUACUGCGAGACGCCGGUGUAUAGCCCGGACCUGUGCCCCAACAUGAUCGCCGCUCAGGCCAAGCUGGUCUACCAGCUCAAUAAAUACUACACAGAGCGCUGCCAAGCGCGCAAAGCGGCCAUCGCCAAGACCAUCCGAGAGGUCUGUAAGGUGGUCUCGGACGUGCUAAAGGAAGUGGAGGUGCAGGAGCCUCGCUUCAUCAGCUCCCUGAGCGAGAUCGAUGCCCGCUACGAGGGGCUGGAGGUCAUCUCGCCCACAGAAUUCGAGGUGGUGCUCUACCUAAACCAGAUGGGCGUCUUCAACUUCGUGGACGACGGCUCGCUGCCCGGCUGCGCGGUGCUCAAACUGAGCGAUGGUCGGAAGCGGAGCAUGUCUCUCUGGGUUGAGUUCAUCACAGCGUCUGGUUACCUCUCCGCGCGCAAGAUCCGAUCACGCUUCCAAACGCUGGUGGCUCAAGCGGUGGACAAGUGCAGCUACCGGGAUGUGGUCAAGAUGAUCGCGGAUACCAGCGAGGUCAAGUUGCGCAUCAGAGAGCGCUAUGUGGUGCAAAUCACUCCGGCGUUCAAGUGCACCGGUAUCUGGCCUCGCAGUGCGGCACAGUGGCCUAUGCCUCACAUCCCCUGGCCGGGCCCCAAUCGGGUGGCGGAGGUCAAGGCCGAAGGGUUCAACUUGCUCUCAAAGGAGUGCUACUCGCUGACCGGCAAGCAGAGCUCUGCAGAGAGCGAUGCCUGGGUGCUACAGUUUGGGGAGGCAGAGAACCGCCUGCUGAUGGGCGGCUGCCGAAACAAGUGUCUGUCGGUGCUGAAGACGCUGCGGGACCGCCACCUGGAACUGCCAGGCCAGCCGCUCAACAACUACCACAUGAAGACGCUGCUGCUGUAUGAGUGCGAGAAACACCCGCGGGAAACGGACUGGGACGAGGCAUGCCUCGGUGAUCGGCUCAACGGCAUCCUGCUGCAGCUCAUCUCCUGCCUGCAGUGCCGCCGCUGCCCUCACUACUUUCUGCCCAACCUCGACCUUUUUCAGGGCAAACCCCACUCGGCCCUGGAGAGUGCUGCCAAGCAGACCUGGAGGUUGGCCAGGGAAAUUCUCACCAAUCCCAAAAGCCUGGACAAACUAUAGGGUGCUGGGGACUGCUUGAAAAGCAACACAACCAGGAAUGCUCUCGUGCACACAACACACUACUCAGCAACAAACACCGGAAACUCGACACAAACUUUUAUGUAAGCCACCUGAAAGAAACGAACCAAGCGGCAGACCUUCAUUAAUUAACAAGCAAACAAAAAGAGGGGAGUCAGCCAACGAACCAAACACCACAAAAUCACGUUCUUGCACAAAAGUGAUCGUUUUCUUCCAAACAAUGUGAAUUUAAAAGGUCACACAAAAGAAGCAAUCGAGCUUUGCCACCACAAAAUGAAACCCCAGGUACAUUUUCAAAUCAAUGUAUAGUAGUUUCUCCCCUUUUCCUUCUCUCCCUUUCUCCUCUCCUCUCUAUUUUCUGUCUGUCUGUCUCGCUUUCUCUCAUUUCAUUUUGUUUUUGGUUGCCUGAAUGUUGUCACCAAGUGAAAAAAAAGUAUUUAAUUAUAUGUAAAAUUUCUCUUUAAAAAAAAUUUUUCGCUGAUGUUAAAUGCAUCUCAGUGCCAAUGUCAGACUGUGCCCUUCCCUCUCUUGCGCCUUUACCCUCGCCCUAAGCAGUCUUGUGGAAAGCAGUAAUAAAAAUAUUACUUUACAUUGUAA